AUGAGAAGCAGAUUGCCCCCUAAACCAUCUACUGUAUUACUUAGCCCAAAUCUUACCAGUGCAAAGCUGCCUCACGUACCCAAUAUUUUUUCUCUCGUCUCCACAGGAUUGAAAAAACGUACAAGGAAAGCCUUCGGAAUACGGAAGAAAGAAAAGGAUACAGAUUCCACAGGAUCACCAGACCGAGAUGGAACUCCACCCAGCCCUCAUCCUCAUGAUCCAUCCUCCAAUAGCAAACCAGAAUGUGCACAGGAAGGCGGAAAAUCGGUUUCGAAGAGAUCAAAUGGUGCUCCAAAUGGAUUUUAUUCAGAGAUUGACUGGGAAAGAUAUAACUCACCUGAACUUGAUGAAGAAGGAUACAGCAUCAGACCAGAAGAACCAGGUUCUACCAAAGGAAAGCACUUUUAUUCUUCAAGUGAAUCUGAAGAGGAAGAGGAGGCACAUAAGAAAUUCAAUAUUAAGAUUAAACCUUUGCAAUCUAAAGACACUCUUAAGAGUGCAGCAACUGUUGAUGAACUGAAAGCUUCUAUAGGCAAUAUUGCACUUUCACCUUCUCCAGUGAGGAAAAGUCCGAGACGCAGCCCGGGUACAAUUAAGAGGAACUUAUCUAGUGAAGAGAUAGCAAGACCCAGGCGUUCAACACCUACUCCAGAGCUUCUGAGCAAAAAAGCUUCAGAAGACCCUGCCAUCCUAGCACCAUUAUUUGGUCCACCCCUAGAAUCUGCAUUUGAGGAAGAGAAGUUGGAAGUUCCGAUAGAUCAACCUGAAGUUUGGGGUUCUGUGCAGCCAGCUGAUUCAAGUGUAGAAUCUCCAAAUCCAUCACGACCCUUCCCAUCUGGAACACCUCCACCACUUCCACCCAAAAGCAUUCCAGCUACACCUCCCCACACUGGUUCUCCUUUAACAAUUGGAGUAGGAAAUGACCAGACAGCAACAGAGGUCAAAAGUGACAAACUACCAUCAAUCAAUGACUUGGACAGCAUUUUUGGCCCAGUAUUAUCCCCCACGUCUGUUGCUGAUAACGUGGCGGAUAAAUGGAUCAGUUUUUCUGAUCAGUCCCCGGAAAACGUAACUCCAGAGGUGACUUCAAGGGAAAAAGUGGUGUCCCCACCUGUGGCAUCAGAAAUCCCAGAUGAGCCUCCAGAGGCUGAAAUCUCUCGCAAUGUUCCAUCUCCACUCAAUUUAGAAGAGGUUCAGAAGAAAUUUUCAGAGCAGACCCACGUUAAAGAUGAUAACUUAGCACCAGCAGCAUCUCCUAAAGAUUUUGGGGUGGGACAGAGAGCAACACCACCUCCCCCUCCACCUCCUACCUACAGGACAGUGGUGUCAUCACCCGGACCCAGCUCUGGCGGUGGCACAGGAAGCACCAGUGGAUCAUCAUCACCUGCUCGCCCUGCAACCCCACUGACAUCUUGCAGCAGCCCUACUCCGCCGCCACCGCCACCUAGACCCCCAUCACGCCCAAAGUUACCUCCAGGAAAGCCAGGUGUUGAUGUGUCCAGACCUUUCAGCCCUCCAGUUCACUCAUCUAGUCCUCCUCCAAUAGCACCUUUAGCACGUGCUGAAAGCACCUCUUCUAUUUCAUCCACCAAUUCCUUGAGUGCAGCUACUACUCCUACAAUUGAGAAUGAACAGCCUUCUCUCGUCUGGUUUGACAGAGGAAAGUUUUAUUUGACUUUUGAAGGCUCUUCUCGAGGACCCAGUCCCUUAACAAUGGGUGCACAAGACACUCUCCCUGUAGCUGCAGCUUUCACUGAAACUGUUAAUGCGUACUUCAAAGGAGCUGAUCCUAACAAAUGCAUAGUAAAGAUUACUGGAGAAAUGGUGCUGUCAUUUCCUGCGGGAAUUACUAGACAUUUUGCCAAUAACCCAGCUCCAGCUGUUCUAACAUUUCGUGUGACAAAUUACAAUAGAUUGGAACAUGUUUUGCCAAAUCCUCAACUUCUUUGCUGUGACAGCACACAAGCCGAUGCCAACACAAAGGAGUUCUGGGUAAACAUGCCAAAUCUGAUGACUCACUUGAAGAAAGUAUCUGAACAGAAACCACAAGCAACAUACUAUAAUGUGGAUAUGCUUAAAUACCAGGUAUCAGCCCAGGGUAUUCAAUCUACUCCGCUGAAUCUUGCAGUGAACUGGCGGUGUGAACCUACAAGCACAGAUCUACGCAUUGACUACAAGUAUAAUGUAGAGGCAAUGACUACACCAGUAGCUUUAAACAAUGUGCAGUUUCUUGUUCCCAUUGAUGGUGGAGUGACAAAACUACAAGCUGUGCUUCCACCUGCAAUUUGGAAUGCUGAACAACAAAGGAUAUUGUGGAGAAUUCCUGAUAUUUCACAAAAAUCUGAAAAUGGAGGGGUGGGUUCCUUGCUUGCACGAUUCCAAUUAUCUGAUGGACCAAGCAAACCUUCACCCCUGGUUGUGCAGUUCACCAGCGAAGGAAGCACUCUGUCCAGCUGUGAUAUCGAACUUGUUGGAGCUGGGUAUCGUUUCUCACUUAUUAAAAAGAGAUUUGCAGCAGGAAAAUACCUGGCAGAUAACUAAUUGAAGUAUAUGCAAGUAUAUUGAAAAUCCAUAUAGCUGAGAACUGCAGUGGUUGGAUGGCUUUUAUAUGCUGUUGAGGGGAAACUAACUGAAUCCUGUAUUCAGGACAUUUCUGUUGGAAGCAUCAGCAAUUCAACAUUUCUCCCUCAGAAAAUGCCAUGUUGAUCAGCCCUACAGUAUUUACUUCUAGAUGUAAUAUUGUUCAUGUUUUAAAUUGUAAUUAUUGUAUUUGUAAAUUGUACUCAUUCUAGUAAGGCUGUAUUUUGGCAGUUAGACACUUGAGUUUUAGCAUUUUAUCGUUCAACAAAUGGGCAUAAUAUAAACUGUGGUAUAUAAAUUUAAUAGUAGUAAUGUUGAAUGAGACAAGCUUUCAGAGGCAGAUGCAUUUUGCCAAUGUAUACAAUUUGAACACAACACUAACAUCUGUGAGAAAGGGAGUGCCUCAGAAAGAACAUAAAAAUUAGCUGACCUACAAUUCAUUGAUUAUUUCUUCAGCCUGUAGCAUAUGUCAUACAAGUAUAGUUACAUAAAUAAAAAGAUCUGUCUUUAACUAUUUAAUUGGUUUAACUUCAGAACACUUCAG